UAUAGACUUUGGACAGAAAACAUUACACACAGACGCAGCACAGCAUUUAUGACAUUUGAACUGAUUACAGUCUAAAACAAUUAGGAACUAUAUGUUAAAGUAAAAGUGUGAUUUAAAUUGUUAGAUUUUCAUUAGGGUUUCUGUUUUGGCUUUGCCCUGAAAGAAACCUUCAGAAUGCUGACGGUUUUAUGGCGCACAGUUAAAGUGGAUGGAGGGCCUUUUGGGCUUUCUAAUUUUAACGUGCUCAAAUAUUUCACUAAUGUACGACAUAAAUACAAUAUGUGAACUUUAUCGAUUUGAAUGUAGUUAAAACAAUUAUUAUGAACGGAAGAUUUGCCGCGUUAUUCUGACUCAUAAUGCGGGUAUGUUUGUGUGUGUGUGUGUGUGCGCGUUUGGGGACGUGAGAAUUUUUCCAAGCGCCAUAAAGGAAAUCACUUCUAGCUCUCCGAUUGGUCCGAAGUGUGCAGGCCCGGGUCAUGUGACUGCGUUCUUUUGGCCGUGGAGUAAAAUGGCUCCCGCGUAAAUCUCAGCUGUAUUGCCGUCGUAUAUCACUGCACCUCGUAAAAACGACACUGAGGAUUCUGGCCCAACAAAUCAGGCACUCGCAGCUAAAUAUGACUUCUUAUAUUGUGGACGGGGUUCGGCCGGCUCUGUUCCCACACAGGGCUGAGCGCGCUGUUCACGGCUGCAGCUCCGUCAGUUCCGCCGCUGUUGCAUUUGCAGGAUUCUAUGGAGGGCGGAAUGGCGCGUACUUGGGGCCGAUGGUCAGUCCGAGCUGCAUUGGCCAGAGCCGAGAGAGUGACCACCAGAACCUUUCCGCACAGGCAUCGGACCAGCAGCACCUGAUGUACCCGUGGAUGGCACUGUCAGAUCCAAGCAGAAGACGCGGAAGGCAAACCUAUUCCAGACACCAAACCCUGGAGCUGGAGAAGGAGUUCCACUUUAGCCGGUACCUGACGCGCAGGAGGCGGGUAGAGGUGUCCUGCACACUGGGCCUCACCGAGACACAGGUCAAAAUCUGGUUCCAAAACCGCAGGAUGAAGUGGAAGAAAGAACAUCAUCAAAACUCUUCCUCCAGCCCAGAAUGUAGUCCCGCGGACUCGCACGGGGAGACAAGGGCGCACAGUGGUUCUAUGGCGGAGGAGUCAGCUGAUCGUAGGAUACAAGGGACUACGAGACAAGGACAAAGGGAGCAGGCAGACAGGGGAAACACUGUGUUAGUUAAAAUGUGUUAGGAAUGGCGCAUUAUUGCACUAGAGCUGCUUGUGCGUAAUUGGAAUGGUAAAGGUAUCGAUCCAUUUGAAUGAAUAGCUCCAAUUGAAGGACCAAUAACCAUUAGUACUCCAUUCACACCCACGCACCUUAGUAAGUGCCUCCACGACUGAAAACACAUUGCAUUAGUAAAGUACCUAACGCAUUUACAUUCUGGCUAACAUCAAUUUAAUUCGUACAAAUGAAUGUGACGUAGAGAUUCAGACUAACAAUAACGUGCCUUUCUGUUUACGCACGGGUGUGUAUGUUUUAAUACCAGACCGUGAUGUGCCUUAUACUUUUCGAAUGUGAUAUUAGUAAUGCAGUAAACAUUAACCACGUAACUGUGUUAAACUGGAAGAUUAAUGAACAGUGUGCACUUGUUUCUGAGGUCUGUGUUGAAUAAAUGCGUAAAAAAACAUUCUCUUUCUAUGGGCUGAUAAAAAGGCUGUUUUUGGCACUUGACUCCACACUGGAUAUCGUUGUAUGCUACUCAGAUAAUGCUAUGUAA